GAAUUAAAAGACAUUGAAAAUGAAAAUGUGCAAGAGAUAGAUGCCCACGUGAAGGACUCCAAUAUUUCGGAGUGGGUUGGUUUUAUCAAGGGCCCAGCGGGAACUCCCUAUGAAGACGGCCAUUUUAUCCUAGACAUAACUAUACCAAAUGAUUACCCGUAUAACCCACCCAAGAUAAAAUUCAAUACGAAAAUAUGGCACCCCAACAUUUCAAGCCAAACAGGGGCAAUCUGCCUGGACGUUUUAAAAAACGAAUGGAGUCCCGCGUUGACGAUUAGAACUGCACUGUUGUCUAUUCAGGCGCUGUUGUCAGAUCCACAACCAGACGACCCUCAAGACGCAGAAGUAGCAAAAAUGUACAAAGAGAACUAUUCCCUGUUUUUAAAAACAGCCAGUGUGUGGACCAAGACUUUUGCCACCGCACCGAAACUGGAGCCAAGAGAAGUCAUUGUAAUAUGCAACAGCAAAACGGGAGAUGCCAUUUUGAGCGCUGAUCUUUUAAUUAAGAAGAUCACCGAAAUGGGAUUUACGGAGGACCAGGCGAAGAAUGCCUUAAUAAACGCCGAUUGGAAUGCAACCCUGGCGCUAAAUACCCUCCUCGAAAAUUCGUAA